ACUAUUGAUAAAAAAGAAAAUUUGAUCUUCUGAAUCACUAAUUCUGCCAUAAAUAUCUCCCACCAUUCGAUUCGUCASAGAGAAUGUCUUCCGCAAGGUUAACUUCAUUUUGUGGGGUCCUUUKUUUUCUGAUCACAUUUCGACGUCGCCUGUGUACCUGGAAUGAARUCUGUGCGUCAAAUGUAUUUUGAUCAGUGUUUUUGAAUCUUAGCUUUUAUCUAAGCUGUUGUUUAUUUAGCGAUCGAUUGAAAAUCACUUCAAGACCAGCAAACAAAAGAACGACUAUUUAAGAUUGUCAAAGUGYCUUGGAAUUUUAUUUUAUUCUAUCGAAAAUUUCUCUUUGAAUAGUUUCAAGAGUUUUUGUAACCAUUGAAGAAUAUUUGAUUUUCACUUUGUCGUCGUGCGGGAUAAUUAACAUGUUUCUUUAAGUCUUUUCAGUAGGCCAAAUUAUUUGUUAAUUUACAUUGUUCAGUAAUAACAAAGAUACAAGAAGCUGGAAAGAAAAUAUUUGUGAACCAUUCAAAUGUCAUUAAGGUUACCUGUAAUCUUUUAAAAAAAUAAAAAUAAUAGAUAAUAGUGAAACUUUUAUUCAGUAACUACAUAUUGAUCAAAACCAAACCAACGAUUCGAGUAUAUUUUUGAAGGAAUAUAUUGUUGAGAAUAGAAUAAAAAAUGAUAUCAGAAGAGAAAAAAUAAAGGAAGAAAAAAAAAAUACACGAGAAAAAAAACUGAAGAGCAAAUAAACCAAAAUGAAGUUWAAACUAAAAGAAAAGAARAUAUUUAAAAAGUUGCGAGUUUGAAAGACUGAAAAACUGGUGGUUUUUGUACUAUGGUGCCUAAAAUGAAAAUGAAGGCUASAAACAAAUAGAUUUACUUUAUCCAGGCGAUUCUAGCAAUGUCUUUAAAAUUCUUUGUUAAUAACUCCUUUACUAGAUUUUAGAUUGUUGUCGUUAAAAACAGCCAAAGCUCAAGUUAUAUAUUUUUUUGUGAUUCCAGGAAAGUAAACAACCAAAAGUGGAGUGAAAUAUCUUUGUGAGAAAUCUGGAAAUUAUUUCCUCUUGAUGAGAAUAGGAUUUUUUUCUUARUAUUGACUUCAUUUGAAGCAAAAAUUAUGUCUAGUUCAUCUCUUUGUUUCUAGUUGUUUCCGUUCGGCCAAUCAAAAGUGACYGAGCAAACACAGGUGCAAAAGUCAAAAACCAACUUCGUAAUUCUCACCGGUGAUCACACAUCACAAAACUGAGAUAUUUUUGAAUAUUGUUUAAGGAUUUUGGAUGAAAUAUGAAAGUUUUCUAGCCAARGGAACGACAAAUUUUGAAGCUAUUUCAAGGUGUGUUUGGGAAUGCGAGAGAAGCCCCACACGAUCUAGGUUUUGUGAUUGUCCACUAAUUGUCCGACAACCUAUAUUUUUUGGCUGUCGAUACAGUGCCAAGUCUUUGACAAAGAAGAGCUGACUUUUCGUUUCAGAAGAAUUGCACCACGAAAUGUGAUAAUGGCGCCGAUACAGUUUACUCGUGGAGGCUCCAUCUUGUUGCUUCUUUGUGUGGUUUUCAUUUUGAAAAACGAAAAAACGUCUGCAGAARAUGCAGCCUUUAACGUUUGUAAGAUGAUUAUAAAAGAUUCAACCUGUAACUUCACCAUCARYGCGCACAGYGURUCAGGAGUUACCGGUUAUAAAAUCGAAUUUGGUGAUGGAAMUUCCGUGUCAUUCACAGACAGAACAAAAGUUACAYCGAAKRCAUACRACAAAGUUGGUGUGUAUACCGCAACACUUACCUUUGAAGGGAGCACUGGCCCGGUCAAAGUCGCUAAAACAGUGACGGUUAGAGAGGCUUUAGUCAACGCAGUAAGUAUCUUGGAUCGGAACUAUUAAGCGACCACCUCUCGAGAAACACGAGGUGGUCGUACUACAGAGGUUGCCCGUGAAAUAGAGGUCGAGUUUACUAUAAAUGCUUAUGGGAUGUAAAUUUCGGGAAAUUGAUUAUUUACGGAAAACACUGGGUGGUCGUACUACAGAGGUUGCCCGUGAAAUAGAGGUCAAGUUUACUAUAAAUGCUUAUGAGAUGCAAAUAUCGGGAAAUUGAUUAUUUACGGAAAACACUGGGUGGUCGUACUACAGAGGUUGCCCGUG